UAAUAAAUAUUAAUUAAGGUUGUGAAUAAUUGAUGUUAUUAUUGAUUGAUCUUUUAAAUUUCCUUCUCUCAUGAUUCAAUUGUACUGUUUUCCCUUGGAAUUAGAGAUUUGUGUAAAUCUCGUGCCAUCGAGAACAAAUAAACUUAUGCCACGAAUCACAAACACCUGAUUUUUAUGAAUAAUUCACGAUACGAGGCUGAAGAGAAUAUUUUACUUUAUAAAAAUACUCAUAUUUCACGUACAAGGACAAAGAAGAUAAAUUUAAUUAGUUUAACAAAAGUGGAAAUAAAAAUAAUUUUAUAUAUAUAUCUUCAAUAAAAAUUGAUAUAAGAUGCAAAUAAAUAUUAUACGUAUUUUAUUUAUUUUUUGUACAAUAUUCACUGGUAUUCUUGGAUUAUUAAUCUAUCGUAUGGAAUCCUAUUUACCUAUUUUUUUAACUCGUACUUAUCGUUAUGGUAAAUAUUCUGUUAAUAUUUAUGAACCAAUAAUUGCAAAAACAGAAGUACCCAGAAAAUGGUUUAAACAUUUUUACAUUUUUGCUGCACCAGCUUCAAGUUAUGUACUAUACUUAGUUAUUUGUAUAUAUUUAUGGGAGUAUGAUAUUUCCAAAAAUAUUAUGUGGAUAUUAGAUAUAUGUCUGGGAUCAUUUAGACAACCACUAGUAUCAUCAGAAAGUACAUUUAUAGCAAUUCUACUUUUAACUUUUCAUUGUUGGAAACGAUUAUAUGAAACAUAUUAUGUAAAUAUCUUCAGUGAUAAGAAAAUGAAUAUACUUCAUUAUUUAAUUGGAUUUUAUCAUUAUAUAGGAACCUUAAUAUGUAUUAUAAGUGAAUCUGAAGGCUUUGUUAAAGGUUCAAAAGGAAAUUUUUCUUGGAAUAAAAUUACAUAUUUUCAUUUAUUAUGUUCAAUUAUUUUUAUAUUAUCAACAUAUGCACAACUUAAGUCAAAUUUUAUUCUUCGUAAAUUACGAAAAAAUAAAGAUGGAAAGAUUAAUUCUACAAUAUAUAAAAUACCACAUGAUGGUCUGUUUGAAUAUGUAUCAGGUGCAUUACAAAUUACAGAGAUAAUUAUUUAUAUAACACUUUCUAUAAUUUUAUGGCAAAGUUCUACAUUUCAUUAUGUUACAAUUUGGGUCUUAUGCAACCAGAUAUGGACUGCAACAUUGACUCAUCAAUGGUACAUACAAACAUUUAAAAAUUACCCAAAAUCUCGAAAAAUUUUAAUUCCUUUUAUUUUUUAAGUAAUAUAAAAUUUUUGAUAUUAUACAAUAUUUGAUAUUAUACAAAUUAUUAUAGAAAUUAUAAUGAUAUUAUUAAAAUAUAUAAUAAGUAAUUAUAAUUUAUUAUAAUUAUAAUAUUAUUAUUAUAAUUAUAUUAUUUAAUUAAUGUAAUAUUUUUAUAUAUUUAAUUAAAUCAUAAAGAGUUAUAUUACUGGAAUACGGAAAUAAAGAAUUUGUAUUUUAAUAAUAUAAAUAUUUUUGUAAUAUUUUUAAAAAAUUAUGGAAAAGAAUAUAUGACUUUAAAUAUUAAUUUAUUUUACAUUACAUAUAAACAAAUGUAAAUUGAUUAUAAUACAACACUUUAACAAUAAUUAAAUGUAAAGUAUUUUUUUUAUUAUAUGCAGUUUAAUUUUUAAUCUUGCCGGGCAAGUUGAAAGAUUUUCUUUCAAUAUAUACAAAUAAUAACUUCUUAUACUUAUCCUUUUACUUGAACAA